CUAUUUCGUCGGGCAUGAAUGUCAAGGCUGGGUCAAUUUUGCAAUGUUUCGUGUUCUAACUUCUAAAGCUACGUGGUUUCAAAAAAGUACAUAUCGCUUUAAUGCAGUGGUCAGAACUUUUAGUUCUUCAAUAGCAAGGCUCCAAUCAGAUGAGGAUCACAAACUCACACCAUACUUAUUGAGAGCGACAGAUCUUGUCGGAGAUCUCCCAUUAACACUUCACAAGAAACUGGCAAAAGAUUUCAUAUGCUUGGUAGAACCGAAAGAAUCAAUAUUCAAUAUUAUUCAGGAUCAUCUUGUUAAAAGUGAUUCUGAUAUUCGACUUUUAGGAACUACAGUCGCUUUAAUAUCUAAAAUAAUGGAAGAGUUCGUCACUGAUGAUAUUCAAAUCGUUAGAGAGAAACACCUGAGAUUGGCAGAAAUUACUGAGAUCAUACACUCGGCUAUCAGACUUCAUAAUAGCGUAAAAAAUAAUAGUAUUUUCAAAGAUAACAAGAUGAGCAUCCUAAUUGGAGAUUUUCUUUUGGCAUCCGCGUGUCUGGAGUUGGCUGAACUAUGUAAACCGGAAGUUGUUGAUUUAAUAGCUACGGCUUUGUCGCAUAUGUCUAAUUAUACGUUUCUGAAAGAAUCAACAAUCUCUGAUAGUAGUUUUUCGCUCGCAAAAUGGGAAGAAAUGGUUUUCAUGAAAACUGCAUCAUUAUUCGCCAAUAGCUGUAGAGCGACCUGUGCUUGGAACAAUGUUGAAGGAAUCGUUAAUAGAAACUUAUACGAAUUCGGAAGGAAUUUUGGUUUAGCCUAUGAGCUAAAUAGGAUAAGAUGUAAAGAAAAUAGUGAAAGUGAUCAUUUAGAAUAUUCGUUACUAAGUAUAGUACGUGAUGAAAAGAUACAUUUCGAGGUACAAGAACUUUCUAAAAGGUACUGCGAUUUAGCAGAGGAUAAUUUAGGUAAUGUCCGUGACUCUGAGGCUAAACAAAUUUUAUUAGAUAUGAUAAAUGCGCUACGUUCUUAA